CCGUAAACCGACACCCGAAUCCCUUUAUUUUUUAUUAUAAAACCACGCCCAAAUCGAAACCGAGCCAUUCAUCAGUGGUCAGUCUCCCCAAAUUCUCACUGGUAGCCGGAAUUUUGUUUUUGAUUUCCCCGGCAGCUUCCUGAUUUGUCUCGUCAGAAUCAGAUCCGAAUCGGAUAAUCCGUCUCCCCGUUUCCCGCUGUCCUGCAAGGCUUCUCAUACCGCCUGCGGUGAUUCUUUCUACCACAGGGUUCAGAAUCCGUCGCAUCCAGCUUGCCCGCCAGAAAUCACCAUGUCUCGGACUGUCUACAUUGGGAAUUUGGACGAGAGGGUGAGUAACAGGGUGUUGUAUGAUAUUCUAAUUCAAGCGGGCAGAGUGGUGGACUUGCACAUUCCUCGCGACAGAGAAACUGAUAAGCCUAAAAGCUAUGCAUUUGCAGAGUACGAGUCCGAAGAGGUUGCUGAAUAUGCUGUCAAGCUAUUUACCGGCCUCGUUACCCUUUACAAUAGGACCCUGAGAUUUAAGAUCUCCACCUCAGAAAAGGCUUCACCGAGUCUUCCAAAUGGACACUCCACGCCGCUCUCUUCUACGAAAUCUAGGCCGCAUGGGAUGCCAAUUAAUGACUCUGAUUUUGCUAGGCAGACCAUGAGCAUGCGGGCACCAGGCUCAGCUUAUUCUUCCAACCAAGUUUCCCCUGCCCCAACAACCUAUCCUAGUAACGGAUACGGUUCACAUUACAAUGGUCAUGAUAACAAUCGGAGAGUAUAUGGGUCCCCACACGAUUCCCUUAGCCGUUCUAGGUUUGGACGUUGAGUAACCUAGAAAAAACUACAGCUUGCUUGCAGUCUAGAUAUAGAGGUGUUUUUUCUAGGAUGCUGAAUUCUCUGCUGUAGUGCUGAUGCUUGUAGAGCAAGGGGCUAAUCGAUGAUCGAGAGUAGUGGCUCAAGCUGUGAAUAUGUAAACGGCUAGGAGAAAGGUGUUGUGCUUAACUCUUAGCCAUCUUGUAGACUAAAUUACUGGUAGUAUUCAUUCUGGCUCAUAAAUGUUGUCUGUGAUUCUCCAGUUUAGUGAAUCAUGUUAUAGUUAGUGCCAGUGGAUUUGAGACUCAAUCAUCUCCUUGUUGCUUUCUCUUCUUCCAUGGUUUUUCUUUAUCAUGGAGUUACUCCAUCUCCAACUUGUUAUUUAUUCUUAAGCUGCUGCUCGUUGUUGCAUCAUCAUCUUCAUCUUUCAGUGAGGUGUUUUGAUGUGGCCGAGCAUAGCAAGUGUUGUUGUUGUCAUUUGUCUUCACCCUAAAGGUUGUGAACUGGUGAUGUGUCUUAUAGUUUGUUUAUGGAACAUGUAUGGUUUCUCUGGUGGUCAAACUGUCACUGCUUUCAAGCUUUUUAUGGGCACUGAGAGUGU